AAGCGUCUUUGGCAACAUGAUCACGAUGAAAGUCAUAAAUAUUUCAGGGACAUAAAAACAUCACUUAACUUCAAAUUAGUUGACCAAGAUUAAUUGUAAACAUCCUUUAGCUCAAAAUCACCAAUAUUCACACAGUUGCACGCAAUUAUGGAAUAGUCACGCAAACUCAUUCAAACAAAAAGUGAGGACUAUGAAUUGUUGCAAUGGCAACAACAAAAACAACAAAUCUAGGGUUGUCUUCCCCUGGUGAAGAAAGAGAGCGGCUUGACCGGCUUUUAAAACUUUUUGACAACAGUAUUGUAUUUGGCCUGAAAGAUAAUAAAGAAGGAGAUACACGUAAAAGAAAAAGAGUUGGAUUCCGUGAUGUUGGAGACGAAGAGGAAGAUGAUCGACCUAAACUUACUCAAAGGGUCAAGACAUUUUAUGUGGAUUCAUGGCCAGAGGUCAAGUUCAAUGCAGACAACACAAUACGACCCCGUUCUAGUAGAUUACUGGGCGGUACACCUAUUACAAUUGAUACUGCUAUAGCUUUACGACAUAUAGUGUAUGGAUCACCAUUUCACUCCUUUAGUCGGGAAUGGAAGAAGUCUACGUUACAGUUUCAAGAUAUUUCUAGUCUGUUUCCAUGGGGACUUCAGACUCACAGGUGUGGAUCUCGUGGAUUGGUGCUUUGUGUGCAAGCAUUUUUGUUGAAGCAUUUAAUUUUUGAAAGAGAAUAUUUUUCUGUGGAACUAGCAAGAAGUGCCUUAAAACCAAAUGAAUUUGAGAGAAAACGUGCAUUAAUUGGUGCUAUAUGUGAGAUGUUGUGGGCUGCAGGUGAAAAGAAACGGUGCUGUAUAUGUCUCUUACAAGACGAUAGGUGUUAUGAUCAAGAUUAUCGUGUAAGGAAUGAUGGGAUGACAGAGAAGUUGUUUUUAUAUGAGUUCAAGAAAUUCCAGGAUCUUCAACUUUUUGUUAAAAGGAACAUUGAACUUUUCCAAUCAGAAGGGAGUAAUGGAUGUAUAUUAUUUCUUUAUAGUUUAGCUCUGUCUAGAACUAUCUACAAAAUUAAAGAAGAUAUACAGUUUACAGAAGAGAGUAAAGACAAACUGUUGACAGACAAUGAGGAGUGUUCACAAGCUCUUAUCAACUUGUUACUGACCGGACAGGCGGUCAAACAUCUACACAAUGGAAAUAUGGUGUAUAAUCAGUUUGGUAAAAUGCUGAUGAAACCAUUGAAAGGUAUAAAACAAAGAAGUCAAAUAGGAUUUUUAUUCUGGGAUAAAACUGAAGAUUCUGAUGCAAAAACUGAGGUUGGUAGCAUGUUAAAGACUCCCAAGUUUCCAAUGUGGAUAACAAACAUUAACGGACAGAUAGGACUAUUGUUCAGUAUAAACCUAGAUCUAGUCAGUGAUUGGAGGAUAGAAAAUAGAUUUACUUUAUAUUACUAUACUGGCUUGCCAAACCAUCCAAAAUGUUUUCUAAAUAUUGAAACUCGACAUGGACGUAAAAUAUGUGGUAGGACAAACUUAGUGAGACUGAAUGAAGAAGGAAAAAUUCCUCAGCUAGAUCAAUGUAUUAUGACAAAAUGGUUUGGGGCAGCUGUCAACUGGAAUGGUACACCUUACUUCUAUUGAACAAGAAUAGUAUACUAUCCUUCUGUGAAAUAAAUGGGCAGUCGAUACUAAGUGUCCUACAAUAAACUCUGCUUGUAACUUCAUGACUUUCAAAUUGAUCAUGUUGUAUUUUAUUUACGCUUCAUUUUGUCAAACAGACGUUUCUCUGCAGUUCUAAUAAUUUAUUUGUUUUGAUUAGAUAAAUACAUGUGCCUGAAACCAAUCUAUAGAAAUUCCUUGAGCAAGGGCUGCCCUAUGUACAGUUUUCUAAUUUCUUAUUUAGUCCAUUUCAGUUUUAAUAUUUUUCAUUUAAGUAGUUUCUGUUUAUUGACAUGAUACUUGGAUGAGUACCAUUUAUUUUUAAAUUCUGGUAAGUUAACUCUCUAUUAAUCUGUCAACAUGAAAUGUUUACAAAAUUUUCAUUGGGUUUUUUUUUCACUUCUAAGCUAUUGUUGGUCCAGCUUUACAGGACUUCAUUAUGAAGAGAGGAGAGGGAAAUCCUCCUCCCCCAUUUCAUAAAAUAAUGUACUGCUGACAAAGUUGUUUGUUUUAAUCAGUUGUUAAGUUUGAGACAUGGUCAGAUGACUGACCAGAAAUUGUUUUUGCUUUAUUUACAGAGUGCAAUUACUGAAUAUUUAUACUGAUUUUGUUACUUUGUAAAUGUGUAACCUUUCCCUUUUUUUAUCAUGUUAAGAUUUAAUUAUUAUAAUAUUAUAGAUGUGAAUCCAUCAAAUCGAGUUGUAAUAGAUAGACUGUUAUGAUAUUUCUCAUCUUGAAAUCUAUUUGAUGAAAUGUCAAAAAAUAGAAACACUUAAAUUAAAAUGAAAGAAUAUGAAAUUUAACUGAACUGUAUUUACUGGAACAAUCUGGAAUAGUGCCAAUUUUAUAUUUUUCAUUUAAAUUGUACUGAACAGUAUUUGGGUGUACUUAGUUUUCUUAAUCUUUACUGUAGUUGGUAUUAUGGCAAAGUAGAAUAUGUUAAGCUCAGGUCUGUUUGAAUUUAUUAAAGACUUGAAAGAAUAUGUUUAGUGUAUUCUUUUUUACAGUCAAGUUAGUGUUUUACAUACAAUUCACAAAGAUUAAGAUUAAAUUCCCCCUUUUGCCAGGCCGGUUGAGUAAAAUGAUGGUGGCCAAAGUAAUAGAUUACAGAAUGAUACUGACUUGAUAUUUAAUAUUUUAAUAGAAAAAUUUGUACAAGAUCUGUCAUAGAAAUAUUUAUCUAUUUCAAUUUAAAUCAAUAUUUAUGUUAAUGAUUAAGUAAUUUUUAUUUUGUUCUUGAUCAGUUUUCAAUCAAAUAUGAAACUGUCAGUGAUUUUAUUCUAUUAUUUUAUCAAAACGUUGUCAGUUAUUAGAAUACCAACAGUGUCCAUUUAUUGGAGUGCAUUCAUUGUCCAUUUCUAAGAUUCAUUAGAUAUAUAGCCAUACUGUUGUGAAAGUGUUUAAAUAAGAAUUGUAUGGAGAUACAAUAUGGAAAGAUAGAAUCUAGUAUUUAUUUGGCAAAUACUCUUUUAGCCUUAUAGAAAAAGUUAGCAGUGUUUUGUUGUUUAGGCCAGUUUUGACACCCUCAAUGUUUGAAGUAAAGACUUCAUACACAUAACCUUGUUGACCCAGAUUUGCAUUCUGUGCAUUCAAACUUAAUUUGAUGACCUUUUUCUUUCAUGAUAAUCACAAGUACAAGUAUAAAUUUCAUAAUAUUUUUUGCAUUUUGCUCAUUAUUGAAGUUUAUAGGGUGACCUAUAGUUGCAGGAAUCCUUUUUUGUUCUAUGAUCCAUUUUGGAUAGAUGUGGUUAUGACAAUCUUACCUUUAUACUUAGUAUAUAUAUAUUAAUGUGACUAAAAAUAAAAAUAAUAUUAAAAGGAGAACCUGACAACAGUUGGGUUUUUUUUUUUCGAAAAUUAAAAUCAUGGUUUUAAAAAGAUACUUUACAAUUACAAUUCAAAUUAAUCAUUUUACUAGUCAGCCAUAAUAUGGGGUUACUUUUGUCCAAUUUUACAUGGAACACUAAGUUUAGAGGCUUGAAUGGGAACUGGACCUAUGUAGACUAGCUUUUAUAAUGAUAAAUAGCAUUUUGUGAUAGAAUAAUAAUGUUCAAAUCUUUCAUUUAACAAGACUUCUAGCAAUCACCCUAGAUUUUGGAAGUUUGUUUUUACUAAAUUCAUUAAUUUGUGUUAUACUUAAAGACAUACACACCCAAGCUCCAUCAAGACUUUAACAUAAAGAGUAGCUAACAUUGUAAUAUUAAACUGGAAUUGUACAUUGAAUGUUUGUAAAUGGUUUCUGUAAAAUUAAAAGAAAAAGUCAUCUU